AUGAGUGGACCGACGAAUGCAGUUCAGUACCAGUCAGGCCUCUAUGGAGAAAACAGCAACAGCAGCUCUCCUGUCUCCAGCCGUGGAAAUUCGCCCAUUGUGUGUGAGCGCUGUGGGGAGGUUUGUCGCGGAGAGGUGGUGCGUGUGAAGAACACACACUUUCAUGUUAACUGCUUCACUUGCAAAGUGUGUGGUUGUGACUUGGUCCACUCGGGUUUCUUCCACCACUCUGGUGAGUACAUCUGUACAAAGGACUACCAGCGGCUUUACGGGACCCAGUGUGACAGCUGUAACCAGUACAUCACCGGUGAGGUGGUGUCUGCCCUGGGGAGGACAUACCACCCAGACUGCUUUGUCUGCAGCAUUUGCAGAAGCCCGUUUCCAAUUGGAGACAGAGUGACCUUCUGUGGGAAAAAGUGUGUGUGUCAGCAGUGUUCACUUUCUCUCAACAGCGACAAGCCCGUCAAGGUCCAUGGACCAAGCUACUGUGCCGGCUGUGGCGAGGAGAUCAAACAGGGUCAGUCUCUGCUGGCUCUGGAGAGGCAGUGGCACGUCAGUUGUUUUAAAUGCCGAACGUGCGGCUGCACGCUCACUGGGGAGUACAUCAGCAAAGACGGGAUACCUUACUGUGAGAGUGACUACCACAGUCAGUUUGGGAUCAGGUGUGAGAGCUGUAACAGGUACAUCAGUGGCAAAGUACUUGAGGCUGGAGGAAAACACUACCACCCCAGCUGUGCGAGAUGUGCCCGCUGUCACAUGAUGUUCCUAGAAGGAGAGGAAAUGUACCUCACAGGUUCAGAGGUUUGGCACCCCAUGUGUAAAGAAGCAGCUCGGCUGGAGAGAAAACUGAGGCUGAGACGCACCUCUGAGACAGCAUCCAUUUCUCCUCCAGGCUCCUCUCCUCUCCUUGGCUCUCCUCAUCGGCUCAUCUGUUCUAAGGGUGACAGUGAUGUUUUGGUCUAUAAGCAGCUGGCAGCACUUCCCAGGGUCAAAGCCAUAUACGACAUCCAGCGGCCUGACAUCAUUCCUUAUCAGGCUGAUCAUGCACAGACACAACUCUCAGAUGACACUUUGGAGAGAUACAACCGUAGGCAGUCACUGGGCUCCUUAUCACCAUACUCUCAUGAUCUCUUGGAUGGCAUGGAGUUAAGAACACGACGUUCCUCCAGCUCCCCCUAUACAGACUCUCCUGCACACAGUCGCCACGGAGGCUCCCCACUGCAUUAUUAUGCCCCUGGCAGUGAAAGUGGCAGGAGUUCACCUUAUUAUAGUCAGCCAGAACCCAGGUGUGCUACACCCACCAACACCUUCAAAGCCCCCAGGCAUUUCCAUGUGCCAGCUUCUGAGGAAACCAACAUCUAUAGAAAACCACCCAUCUACAAGAGACAAGAAAUAUCAACCUCUCCAUCAGCCAAUAAGAGUAGGACCAAUGAGAACCUCACCAAUUCCAAUCGCCUUUCCACCCCAAACUGUAACAGCAUUUAUCACCCAAACUCCAACUACUACCCAUAUACUGGCUCUCCAAAAGUCUCCAGGGUGAGGAGGUUUUCAUCUGGAGGAGAGGAGGAUGGACUCAAUCAUAAUAUAAACAGGGGAAUUGGCAGGUUGAUCCUGAAGGAGGAGAUGAAGGCACGAGCAGGUUGUCACGACAAUGACCCGUGGGGUAGCAGACGCAGCUCCCGCUGUAGCAGCAAGGAGGCGCUGAGCAAUCUGGGAUACGGCUCCCUUAAUGGCUCUCCCAGGUCCCUCUACAGUGCUGACAGCGACUCAUACAUUGCCAAAUCGGCCUCGUUGCCAGGCUACGGUAGAAAUGCGCUAAACAGGCCUGGGAGUGCAGGUGGAGAUUAUUACCAGUAUGACAGCACUAAUGCAGUUAAUUGGCAAAUAAGAGAAUACAAGAUCUACCCGUACGAAGCCCUUGUGGUGUCAGUCAGAGGGCAGCAGCGCCUCCCCAGUGAUGUGGACCGAGCCAGACUAGAGCGUCAUCUCUCACCAGAGGAGUUUUACAGAGUCUUUGGCAUGUCCAUGUCUGCCUUUGAUCGUCUCGCUCAGUGGAAACAGAAUGAACUGAAGAAACAGGUCAGACUCUUCUGAGAAAAGUCAACAGCUCCUUUCACUGAACCCAGCGGGAGUCUGUGGCUCAGUGGAAGAAGAACCGAACAAAGCGGGAGGGCAGAAGAGAGCUGUUCUUGGCUUGCUGUAGCUGCUGUGUGCUAGGACUUCUUAAGCAAUAUUUAUGAAGUCAGCCAAGUGGACAAAACUGGGGGAAAAUGUCUGCCAAGUAGGCCAAACAAAGUGGAAGAAAACUGCAAAAGGGAGAACACCACUGGAGCUACAACAGGUUGCUUCUGCCUCUCCUACCAGCAGAUGGCAGUGUUUUUACACAAGCGUUAGGGUUUUCUGUCUGAACUACUGAGGUGCUUCUAAGAAACUUCAGGUCUGCCAAAAACGUGCAUUCCUGUGAAGCAUAUCAGCAGUUUGGAAGAUGGUAGAAAGAAUAUAGUCUUAGGCACUGGCAGCUGCUGUCUCCAGAAUCUCAUAAACUGGCACGACAAGCAAAUGAGCACUGUGCGAUUCUCAACAUUAGGGUUGCUGAACAUAAGUAUUGUGUUUUUAUAACGUGCACAUCCUGAAAACCAAAGGUUUUCUUCUGCAUUUUUCAAACUACAUGUUUGAUUUUGAUGUCAGUAUUUCUGAAGCCAUAUUACAGACUUCUUUUCUGUUAAUACAAGCAGACUGUACACUUCAUCGAUGUGUUUUGAAAUGAGAUGUGACGUGAAUGAGCUGUGUCGUGGCUAAGAGCUCGGAGCUGUUAGUUGAGAAGCGGAGGUUUAGUACCCCCCACGUCAAAAGAAGAUAUUUGUGUUUCACUUGUUUAAAGAAAUCAAGGUUUUUGUCAUAUUUGCACCUGUGUUCAAGAAACAGCCCUGAAUUUCAGAUAGUGUGUAUGCGUGCAAUGUGUGCGUGUGCGUGAUAGCAAACAACUAAUCAUGGAAUUUUUUUUGAUGAAUAUUUAAAAGCCAUCUGAAUAAAGUGAAGAACUCUGAAUUAAAGGAAUACCAAGAAAGGAAGGAAAGAUGAAGGAAAGAUGUGUAAAGGUAUGAAGUAAAGGUUUAUGUUUGUGAUUAACAAAGCCAGUGGGUACUGUCUGAGCUUAAAUGACUAAUUCAAACAAA